AUGAGCUCCAGCCAAGGGCGACGCCAGCAGCGGCUGGGAGCCACAACAGAUCCGGCCGGCGGCGCGCGGCCCUGUCGACCCCGGAGCCCCGGAGCCCCGCACGGCCCGCACGGCCCCGCUGAUGGCGGACCCCGGCGGCCUCCAGGCGCAGAUCGCCCUCCAUCAUCGAGGCGCUUGGCCAACGCGGCGGCGGCGGAGAUCUGCCAGCUCGUGGACGACGGCUACGCGGCGCUGCGCGCGCAGAUGGAGCGCGAGCGGCAGAGGAGCGACGCGGAGAAGGACGCGCUGCGGCACAAGCUGCGCGAGAUGGACGUCAAGGUGCGCAGCUACGAGCGCAAGAUGCGCAGACGGAUCCAUCACUUCAGGCCGCCCGAAGGAGCUGAAGACCGUCUGCCCCCUGCUGGGCCCCCCCCCCCUGCUGGACACAAAGCCUUCCUCCACCCUCAGCAGGAGGACGCCAAAUCACUGCUGCUGGUCAAGCAGGAGGAGGAGGACCGGGACGAGUGCAACCUGGACCUGAAGGUGGAGGUCAACAUCCGAGCCGAGUGCGGCCUGUCCACAGCUCUGGAACCCGGUGCAGAAGACCCGUCCACCGACUCUGUCUCGGACCCCAGCGUCUCCGUCUCGCAGCCGCCCCCCUCCCCCUCGGACUCCACGGUGGACCUCGCCGGAAGGCCUCGAGCCAAACGUCGAGCCUGCCAGCCGGUGUGCGGCAGCGCGGAGCCGCCGGGUCCCGACGGCGCGCCGAAGCCGGAGGUCCAGGAUGACCAUGCUCCGGGAGAAGGGGUCCACCCGUCGUCCCAGCCGCCGGCCCCCCCGGCCUCCGGCGAGCCCGGUCCGGAGCGCUUGGGCAGCCUGGGCCUGGACAUGGCAUGGAUGCAGGAGCGCGUCAGCCAUCUCGGCGCGGCGUACGCCGUGGCCCAGCUGGGCCUGGGGGGCGCCGAGGCCGGACACGCCCCCGCCUCCUUCCCCUCACAGGCGGCGGACGGUUUGGACGGCCCCCCGACCAUGCUCUUCGCCGGCGGUUCUCACGAAAUGGCUGCGUUCGCCGCCUCGUUCGACAUGGCCGCCGUGACGGCCGCCGCCGCCCCCCCCUCCUCCCCCCCCCCCCCCCCGCCACCCCCGCCACCCCGCCGGCCGGCCUGAGGCGGCCCUACAGGAGCGCC